AUGUUGGCCAAAGCAUUAUUCUUAUAUAUGGCUUCUGCCUUUGUUGGUGCUUCUGAAGUGGCACUUUACUGGGGUCAAAACUCCGCUUUUGAUCCAGAUCCAACAUCAACUGCCUUCAGCGGUGGUGGUGGACAAGAAAGAUUAUCUACUUACUGUAAUAGCACUAGUGUUGAUAUCGUUCUUGUUUCCUUCAUUAACGAAAUCCCAAAUCUUUAUGCUACCUUCUCUGACUACUGUGUCCCUACCACCAGUGAUUCGUUGUAUUGUCCACAGAUUGGUGAAGACAUUAAGUACUGUCAAUCUAAGGGUAAGAAGGUUAUGCUCUCUUUGGGUGGUCCUUAUGGCGCCUAUAGUUUCUCUUCUGAAGCUGAAGGUUCUGAAUUUGCCACCACCUUGUGGAAUAUGUUUGGUGGUGGUUCUACCGAUGAAGAAAGACCAUUCAAUGAUGCUGUUGUUGAUGGUUUUAAUUUCGAUAUCGAACAUGGUGCUGAAACUGGUUACGUUGCUUUGGCUGAAGGUUUGAAGUCUUACUUUGCUACCGUUUCUAAGAAGUACUACCUUGGUGCUGCUCCACAAUGUCCUUACCCUGAUGCCACUCUUAACCAAUUAUUGACUUCUGUUGCACUCGAUUACUCUUUCAUCCAAUUCUACAACAAGUCCUGUAGUUUGGGUCCAAACUUUAACUGGAAUUCCUGGGCUACAUACGCCGCUAACGUCUCUCCUAACAAGGACAUCCAAUUGUUCCUUGGCUUGCCAGGUUCCGAAGCCGCGGCUCCUGGUUACACUCCUUCUGCUACUGUUAACAAGUACUUGUCUGGUAUUCAUUGUGGUCCUAAUUUUGGUGGUUUUGCUAUCAUGGGUGCUUCGUCCGCUUGGUCCAAUGUUGACUCAAACGGUGACAACUACGCUGUUCAGUUAAAGAACUUGUUGAACGAAGCUGAUCCUUGUACUUCUUCUUCUUCUGCUGCUUUUGCUUCUUCUUCUUCUUCUUCUUCUUCUUCUUCUGCUACUUUUGCUUCUUCUUCUUCUUCUUCUUCUUCUUCUUCUUCUUCUUCUUCUUCUGUUACUUCUGCUUCUGCUUCUGCUUCUGCUUCUUCUGCUUCUGCUUCUUCUGCUUCUGCUUCUUCUGCUUCUUCUCCUUCUUCUUCUGCUACUUCCACUAAAUUAUCCACUGCUGCUACCACCUCCGAUGUCUUGAGUUCAAGUUCAUUCUACGGUAACGUUUCUUCUUCUGCUGUCCCAUCUGCCUCCGAAG